AUGAGGGUGCAGAUUACCAACUUCCUUACUUUUGGAGGAUCAUCAACUACAGAUGUCAGAUAUGUGAGAGGAGGAGUGGCAAGAAAUGUUGCUGAGUGUGUGUCAAAACUUGGAGUUAAGCCCUUCAUCAUCAGUGUUGUUGGGCAAGACUUGGCAGGAAACUCAUUGCUUGACCAUUGGAAAUCGCUUGGUUUGCCCAUACUUGGAAUUCACAGAUGUAAUAACAUAGCAACACCUAUUGUAUCAAACAUAUUUGACAGUGAAGGAGAACUAUCAGCUGCUGUUGCAGAUGUAGAAGCAGUUGAAAAGGCCUUAACAGCAGAAUGGAUAAAUCAGUUCAGUAGCUAUAUUGGAUCUGCUCCUUUGUUGAUGGUUGAUGCCAAUUUACAUCCUUUGGCUCUCGAAGCAGCUUGCAAUUUGGCCAAGGAAUCAAAUACCCCAGUCUGGUUAGAGCCUGUAUCGGUUGCAAAAUCUGUUAGAGCUAGAAGUAUUUUAAAAAAUGUCACUUUUAUUUCACCUAAUGAGGCUGAGCUUAUUGCUAUGGCAGAGGCUGUUUCUUUUGUAGAUUUAUCUAAUUCUCUUAAGGCACUUGAAGAACAUAAAAAUAAAAUGAGCAUUGAAGCAGUUUAUGGACUCUUCAAGCCAGCCAUCAGCAUAUUACUAGAAGAGGGCGUUAGGUUUAUUACUUUGACACUGGGAUCCUAUGGUGUGCUUUUAUGUUUCAAAGAGAUAUCUAGUUUUCAGAGGAUCCCUACCACUUUUUCUGAAUUCAACCAGUUCACUGAUUUUGAUUUAGUGGGUCUAAGAGAGAGGAAUGAACUGCUUCUCUCAAGCUCUCAAAAUCCAGUCGCUUCAAACAAUUUCUAUGUCAAAUGUCAGAAGCUUGGGCAUAAUGGCAUCCACCUUAAUUGUGUACACUUUCCAGCUCUUCCUGUAUCAGUAUUGAGCCUGACAGGUGCAGGAGAUUGCUUUGUAGGAGGAACUCUUGCAGCUCUUUGUGGUGGAAGAGACAUUAUAGGAAGUAUAGCUUUUGGUGUAGCAGUUGCAAAGUGGUCAGUCAAUUCUGAAUUGAAUGUACCUUCAAAUUUCUCUCCAAAGUUAGUUUCAGGUAAAAAUUUCUACGUGGAAUAA